AUUUGCAUUGAAUGAACGGACAAGCACAAAAAUAACCGCAUGCGCACUUGUAAACUGUGCAUGUGCAAAACGCAUGUCGCAGUGGCCGGUACGGUGGACAACAAAGUGUUUGAUCAUUUACCCAGCCGAUUUUGUCUCUUAAUCUGGUUAUUUACUGCUAACUGGCGUAGCUGUCAUUGUAAGCUAGCAUUAUAAGCCUCUUGACAUAACGGUGAACAAAUUAUUACUUCGGAUAAUGCGGAAAUGUCGGCAUGUUGCAGAAGCGUAAAACUAACCUAAGUGCAACCGCAAGACCGAGUCAUUGUUUUUUUUUUAACGCGAGAAAGACGGUUAAUUUGUUCUCGCAAUCAAAUUCACACACAAACACAAAAUCUUGAAUCCGUAGUAUAAGACGAAAGGAAGCACGAAGAAUUUGUUAGUUCCAUUUUUGUGUGGAUUUGGGGGCAGAAUAUGCCAUUUUCCAUGUUCAACCUGACGGCGAACAUGGAUCUUCAGAGCAUCGUUGUGUACCCGGCGUAUCACAGACUUGUCACCGUUGUGGUCCCUGAUUUGUGGGAUUAUUACCACGAGGCGCCGACCCAACCUGAUGGAUUCCUGGGCGACCUGAGGAUGUACUGCAUGCCCAUCUCAUGGCAGGAACUGAAGUUGCCUUUCAUGCUGGCCGUGGUCUGGACACUUCUGCGAAUGCUGAUGACAACUCAGGUUUUCAAGCCUCUUGCAAAAUGGGGCAAGCUGAGAGAAGACAACAUCAACAAGUUGCCCGAGAGCGCCUGGCGCUGUCUGUGCCACUGCAUCACGUGGAGUUUGGCUGCCUACGUUUUGCUCAAAAACUACCCGGAUAUUUUCUUCAGGCCAGAUACAGCUUUCAAAGAUUGGAAGGUCGGUAAGAUUGUUCCUUCAGACAUCUACCUGGUGUAUGCCAUACAGGGCGGAUACUAUCUCCACCGCAUCGUGGAUACGCUGUUUCAUGACAUAUGGCGGACGGAUACCAUUGUCAUGUCCCUCCAUCACGUCUUGUCCCUUACGCUCAUCACCUUCUCCUAUGCCUCAAGAUAUCACAACAUUGGAAUCCUGGUUUCUUUCUUUCACGACUUUGACGACAUUUGGCUGGAGUUCUCCAAAGUGUGCGUCUACCUGAAGUUCCGCAACGGCAAGAAGCAUCAAAACUGGCAGACGUUUGCCAACAUCUGCUUCACCAUCCUGACUGUUUCCUGGUGUGUGAUGCGUCUGUACUGGUACCCACUCAAAGUGCUGAGGAACUGCACCCCUUCCGUGGCCAGGCAGAACGCCCUUGACAUUGUCCCGUUUGGGAUCCUCUUCAACGUCAUGCUGUGGAUACUACUAGCCAUGGAUAUAUACUGGUUUAUGCACAUUGUGGUUGUCCUGAAGAAAGUGGCCAUGGGUCAGAUGAAGGAACUGGACGAUAUACGAGACUUCGACGUCAACAAGGAAAUUGAGGAACAACCCCAGAAGACAACAAAGAAAGAAUGAGAGGAAGAACUCAUCCGAGGCAUCGGUAAUAUUAAUCAUCUGUGCAAAAUGUUCAGAUUUGUUGUUUUUUAUGAGAGUUUUGUUGAUUUCAUGCUCUCUAAGCUUACUGCCCUGACCACAUGAUCCUGCUUGAUACAGGUGAUUUGUCUGUUAAGGUAAUUCACAACUUUUUUAUUUAAAGAACUGAAUUCUCCCUGUAUACCUAUCACUUUAUUACAUCAAAUGAAGCUUAAAUGGAAAUUUGUAAUAUACUAAAAUAAAUAGUUGCUGUAAAGGAGGGUUAGCGUAAUUAUCAGGUUUGUCAUGGGGAAGCAUAUUUUCAUUCGUGUUAAGAAUUCAAAUUUAAAGUUGUGUUCCCAAAGAAACAUUUAACUUAAAAGUUAGAUCGAGCAUGAAAGUUCGUUUCAUGAUAGUUUGUUUCCAGUUUCCAGUUGGAUCUUUAUUGCAUUCGCUGAAUAAUGCUCAUCUUUUUGUGAAUAUCGAUAAUGAAAAAAACACUGUUUCAGCGCUGCUUAGCGCAUGCGCUUCUGCUUACAGAGCCUCUGUGUAUUUCAUGGAGACCGUUAAGCAGUAAGCACGGCAAAAGGCAUGCUUACCUCAGCCUCGGAGGAAGUACUUGCUUAAAUUGAAAUCUCCAUGCGCGUGCAACCAUUAGCACAUCCACGCUGUGAAAUAGUGCAUAAGGUUUUCAUAAAUUUCUACUAUAGUCAGCAAAACUUUUCUGCUUUACCGUUAAGCAGCGCUGUGAGAAUUGGGCUCAGAUAUUUAUAGUUCUUUGCUUAACUCUGAUUCCACUUUUUUUUGGCCAUUUUAGCAAGACGGUUUAAACAACGGGGGUAAGAUUAGCCCUUAAUUAGAUUAGCCCUUUGUAAAUUUUACAAUAUUGGCCUUAUUCAUAUUAAGAUUUUUCAUUAUUGUUUUUUGUCACCACAAUGUUGGCAGAUAAUGUGAGAAUGGGAAUUAAUAUUGUACACAUGUAUAUCUUGACUUAAUUAAGGAGUAUAUAAACGUGACAUACGCGGGGUGAUUGACAAGUCCGUGGCCUAAGGUAGAAGGAGAUGAGCUAUACAGUUUGGACUGAUAUUGUGUGCAGUCAAGGUUUAAUUAUCUGUCAAAUCGAAAAACAAGAAAACAUAAUAACUUCAAAUGUCUAUGUAAUCAUUCAGCAAGUGGAACUGCACACAAUAUCAGUCCAGACUGUACAGCUCAUCUCCUUACACCUUAGGCCACGAACUUAUCAAUCACCCCACGUAUUUUGUAAGCGCUUCAUUUUAAUUAUGUUAAAGUAUGAAAGCGUUAAAAAAAAAAAAAAAACAGUAGUUCUGAAUGUGCAUUGAAUUUUUUGUUUUGAGGAACACAUUUUCUUAGAAGAUAUUGGUGGAAUACACUGGCCAAGCCAGUUUUGUAGUUGAACAUUUAUGGAGUGUACGUGUAUACCCGACGUAUUAAUAAGGCAAAAAUUAUUACGAACUAUAUUGUACCGUAUUUGUUGUUUUUCUUGUUUUUUAUUUCAAUGUUGGUUUGAUGGUUUUUUUAAGUAGAGAUAUUGGUUUGAGUGUCUGAUUUUCAGGAUCA